AUGGUUUCUCGCCUGCUAAAAUACAUCAGGAUCGGCCCUAUGCCCAAUACUGGAUCCGUCGCCAGAGAUCUGCUUGCUUCGGAGAGAACAUUUCUCGCAUGGGCUAGGACUGGUCUCGGAUUCAUCGCACUGGGUGUCGCUCUGGAGAAAGUCGAGGCUUUUGCCGCCAUAUCUCCAACACUGUUCCACCUCUCAGACUCAAGGACGAAAGUGGCUGCCGGCGUUCUUGUGGGAAGCGGUAGUCUCUGUGUAGCCCAUGGCACUCAAAGAUACUUCAGUACGUUGAGAUUGCUUCAGGAGGGCAAAUUCAGGCCCAACACAGGCGGCGUCACCCUGAUGGCUGUCACCUGCAUCGCCAUCGCCGUCUCGGGCAGUAUUCUCGUAAUUGAGAACGAAGCGACCAAGGCAAAAGAAUCUAGCAAGAUCACUGCGCAAAUUUGA